AUGGCAAAUCAGAGUGCUAAAGAAUUCCUCAAAUACGUGAAUGCGAGUCCCUCGCCUUAUCACGCAGUCGCCGAGUCUGUCAAGCUCCUCGAAGCUGCCAACUACAAAAAAGUCUCAGAGAGAGACGAAUGGAAUGUGAAACCUGGAGACAAGUUCUAUGUUGUUCGAAAUCAGUCGAUGAUUACUGCGUUCGCCGUCGGUGGAAAAUGGAAGCCCGGAAAUGGCUUCUCAAUCGUCGGAGCUCAUACUGACUCCCCUUGUCUUCGCGUUAAGAAGAAAUCCGAUCAGUCUAAUCACGGCUCAAUCAAAGUGGCUGCAGAAUGGUAUGGCGGUGGGAUCUGGAACACUUGGUUUGACAGAGAUCUCAAGCUCGCUGGGCGUGCCAUGGUUCGCCAAGCCGAUGGAAAAGUUAAACAUCAACUCGUUCACAUAAACAAGCCGAUUCUAAGAGUCCCUAAUCUUUGCAUCCACUUGAAUAGGGGCGUGAACGACAGUUUCGGUCCAAAUAAGGAGACCGAAAUGGUCCCUAUUCUUGCCCAACAAGCUACUUAUGAGCUCAAUAAGCCUGCUGGGGAGAAGGAUAAUUCCUAUGGAAGUGGAACCUCUAUCAAGGGCAAACAUCACCCGCUUUUCAUCAAACUCUUGGAAGAUGAACUCAAAGUCAAAGCUGAGGACAUUCUCGACGUCGAACUUUGCUUUGCUGACCAUCAGGAGAGUUCCAUCGGCGGUGUAUUCGAUGAAUACAUCUUCUCUCCUCGACUUGACAAUCUUUGCUGCUGCUUUACUGCCCUCUCUGGUCUUACUGAUGCUGACAAAAAUCUCGCUGAUGACGAGCAGUGCCGAGUUGUUACUCUCUUUGACAACGAAGAAGUUGGUUCUGGCUCUGCACAGGGAGCUUGCACGAGCUUGAUGGAAUACAUGCUCCGACGAGUUUGUUCCUCCACUACUAACCCAACUGCUUAUGAACAGGCUGUUCCAAAGUCUUACAUCGUUUCUGCUGAUAUGGUACACGCUCUCCAUCCCAACUACCCAGAAAAGCACGAAAAGAACCAUCAGCCCCUUCUCGAUCACGGAGUUACAAUUAAAACCAACUCAAACCAACGAUACGCUACAACUGCAGUUACCGCUUCUCUUUUCCACCAAGUCGCCAACGCUGCCAACAUUAACAUUCAGGACGUUAUGGUCCGUAACGACUCCACAUGCGGCUCUACAAUUGGCCCGAUCUCAGCUCAAGGGCUCGGAAUGAGAACAAUCGAUCUGGGAGUGCCCCAGCUGUCAAUGCACUCUUGCCGAGAAAUGAUGGGAACCAAGUCCGUCGAGGAGCUGCGACGCUGCAUUGCUGUAUUCUUCGAGAAAUUCGCUGAGAUUGACCGAAACACUUCUGUCGAUGAUGAAUAA